AUGGAGAAUGUAGAGAAGAUAUACAUCCGGAACAAAGCCGACCUGUCGGAUAACUUCUUUUACUUCUACAACUGGGAAGAAGAUAUGAAUUCCUUUGCCAGCACAAAUUUUAUACAACAAAUUAUUGAAGACGAUUUGAAGAAAAAAAAACAUAGCUGUGUUAUCACAAGAUUUCCACCUGAACCGAAUGGUUACCUUCACCUGGGUCAUGCAAAAAGUAUUUGUUUAAAUUUCGGUCUGUCUGAGAAAUAUGGAGGGAGAACACAUUUACGAUUUGAUGAUACGAAUCCAGUGACAGAGGAGGUACGGUAUAUAGAGUCCAUUAAGGAGGAUGUAAAAUGGUUAGGGUUCGAUUGGAAAGAGCACUUGUACUUUGCUUCGGAUUACUUCGACCAAUUGUACGAAUGGGCUAUCCAACUAAUAGAACAGGGAGAUGCAUACGUGGAUGAUCAAUCAAUUGAAGAGAUAAGGGAAAAUCGAGGGAGUUUAAAACAACCUGGUGUUAACUCUCCUUAUCGAGAUAGAAGUGUUGAAGAAAAUUUGACUCUUUUUAGGAAAAUGAAACUAGGAGAGUUUGCAGAAGGAGAGAGAGUACUUAGAGCUAAGAUAGACAUGGCAUCAGGGAACAUAAAUUUAAGAGAUCCUAUUCUUUAUCGAAUUAUGCAUAAGACGCACCCGAAGAGUGGAAACAAAUGGGUUAUCUAUCCAAUGUAUGACUUUGCACAUGGACAGUCAGACUCUAUCGAAAGAAUAACCCACUCGAUAUGCACUCUCGAGUUUGAAACACAUAGACCGUUGUAUGAAUGGUUUCAGGAAAAACUUGGGAUAUUUAGGACAAGACAAAUUGAGUUUGCUCGACUAAAUCUAACCUACAUGGUCAUGAGCAAAAGGAAGCUACUAACGCUAGUGAAUGAACAGUAUGUGGAUGGAUGGGAUGAUCCAAGGAUGCCAACCAUCUCAGGGAUGAGAAGGAGAGGAUACAGUCCAGAAGCCAUCAAAGAUUUCUGUGGUAAAGUUGGAGUAGCAAAGAGAGAAAAUAUUAUCUCCUAUGAUUUAUUAGAAUUGUGUGCAAGGGAGGAUAUGAAUAAAAAGGCAAAGAGACUGUUCGCUAUUUUGAAACCACUUAAAGUGGUUAUAACCAAUUUUGUUCAGAACAACGAUGAGUUACAUGAGCUGACUGCUUUGAACCAUCCGAAGAAUGAAGGCAUGGGACAAAGGACGUUAAAAUUUGAAGAAGAGAUUUAUAUCGAUGAGGAGGACUUCCUGGAGAACCCAUCCGAGCAUUUCUAUCGACUGGCUCCCAACAGGACAGUCCGGCUGAGGUACGCCUUCUGCAUUACGUGCAACGAAGUUGUCAGGGAUGAGGCCACCAACCGGGUGGUCGAGCUGAGGUGCACCUACGACCCGGAGAGCAAGAGCGCCGCGAACGUCACGCAGGGUGGCGUCACGCAGGGCGGCGUGGGUGCCAGUCAGGGCGGCGUCACUGCCAGUCAGGGCGGCGUGAGUGCCAACCAAACCGCCGUCACUGCCAACCAACCCGGCGGGGAAAGCUUGAAAAAAAUAAAAUCGACCAUCCACUGGGUAGCCAAGUCAAAUGCCCAAAGCGCGCAGUUCAGAAUCUACGACAAGCUGUUCACCAAGCCGAAUCCUGAAUCGAAUGAUGAUGAUGAGAAUGUGGAGAAACUCAUGGAGAAUUAUGUAUUACAGGUGGACAAGCAAAACGGCUUCUCGGAAGAGGAGGGGAAUCCUCCCGUGGAAGAACAGAACCAAGCGAAUGGAAACAAUUUGGGGUGGAGAAAAUACAUUAACAAAAAUUCUUUGCAGGUCCACCAGGGUAUCGUGGAGAAGUAUGCAUGCAGCUGUACUGUGGGAGAACCUAUUCAGUUCGAACGUAUCGGAUUUUUCACCAAGGAUAGAGAUUCCACGGAGGAGUGCCCUGUCUUCAACUUGACCGUUGCGCUGUUGGAGAACAGUGCGAUGAAGAAGAAGAAGGAGGAUCUGAUAAAGAAGGAGCUGGACCGUUUGAAGCGGGAGAAAGCCGCUUCCGAGCGCCGCCUCAAGCGGGAGGAGCGCAAGCUGCGCGAGCAGCGCAAGUUGGAGCAGGCUGCUAUGGGCAAGGGCGAUGCGGGCGAAGUUAGUGGUGCCAACGGUGUAAGCAGUGCCAGGGGAGCGACCGGCAGUUAG